CCACCACCCCCCCCCGCUCGCUGCCCACCCCUCACCGUGGAGUCCCUGCGGGCGCUGUCCCAGCUGCACUCCCCGCCGCGGCCGGGGGGAGGCGACAGCCGCCAGCAGCCCGGCGGCGACAGCCGCAUGUGGCAGGAGGAGGACGAGUGCCUGGAUUUCUACGGCAUGCUGUCCCUGCACCGCCUCUUCGAGGUGGUGGCCGCGCAGCUGACCCCCAGCGACGUCGCCGUGCUGUCCUUCCUGCUGGACGAGGCGCUGCGGGGAGGGGACGGCGACAAGGACAAGGACGGGGAGGGCAGCGGGGCGGCGCCGCGGGGCCGGGGGGCGCGCAGGGACCCCCGCGACGGGCUGGAGCUGCUGCUGGAGCUGGAGAGGAGGGGGCUGUGCCACGAGGGGGAUCUGGGCCAGCUGAGGCAGCUGCUGCGGCUGGUGACGCGGCACGACCUGCUCAGGUGUGUCAGCCUCAAGAGGCCGCGGCCAGGUGAGUGACAGCUGGGUGUCACCUCGGUGUCACCUCCCUGUGUCACCCU